AAUUCUUUCCACCCGUAAAAAAAAACCCCAAAACAGAUACCUAAGACAUCUCACACUUUCUAGAUUUCCAGAUAGGAACCUGCAGCCUUCACGCCCGUCAAACCCUACUUCUCAACCCAAAGAGAUGUCGACGUCGGGCCAGCCCCAGUUCCGGUACACACAGACCCCGUCGAAGGUGUUGCACUUGCGGAAUCUUCCGUGGGAGUGUGCGGAAGAGGAGCUCGUCGAGCUCUGCAAACCCUUCGGCAGAAUUGUCAACACCAAAUGCAACGUUGGUGCCAAUCGCAACCAGGCUUUUGUUGAGUUUGCAGACCUAAACCAGGCCAUAUCAAUGGUUUCUUAUUAUGCGUCAUCUUCAGAACCUGCACAAGUUCGUGGCAAAACAGUUUACAUUCAAUAUUCAAAUAGACAUGAAAUUGUCAAUAACAAGAGUCCUGGAGAUGUUCCUGGAAAUGUCUUGCUAGUAACGAUCGAGGGUGUAGAGGCUGGCGAUGUGAGCAUUGAUGUAAUUCACUUGGUAUUUUCCGCUUUUGGUUUUGUGCACAAAAUUGCUACUUUUGAAAAAGCUGCUGGUUUCCAGGCAUUAAUUCAAUUUAGUGAUUCUGAGACUGCAUCCUCAGCGAGAAAUGCGUUGGAUGGGAGAAGUAUCCCAAGGUACUUGCUUCCAGAGCAUGUUGGUUCUUGUCACUUGCGGAUUUCUUAUUCUGCUCAUACUGAUCUGAAUAUCAAGUUUCAGUCUCAUCGGAGCCGAGAUUAUACGAAUCCUUACCUUCCUGUGAAUCCUACUGCAAUGGAGGGACUCCUGCAGCCUUCCGUGGGUCCUGAUGGAAAGAAGAAGGAACCUGAGAGUAACGUGCUUCUUGCAUCAAUUGAGAAUAUGCAGUAUGCUGUCACAGUGGAUGUUCUCCACACAGUAUUUUCUGCAUUUGGAACUGUCCAGAAGAUUGCUAUAUUUGAAAAGAAUGGUGGUACACAGGCAUUGAUUCAAUAUCCGGAUAUAGCGACUGCAGCAGUUGCCAAAGAAGCUUUAGAGGGACACUGCAUUUAUGAUGGUGGCUAUUGUAAGCUUCAUCUAUCAUACUCUCGUCAUACUGAUCUCAAUGUAAAGGCAUACAGUGACAAAAGUAGAGAUUAUACAAUUCCUGAUGCAAGUUUGCUUGCAGCACAGCAAGUUCCUGGUCUCUCUACCAGUCCAACAGUUUGGCAGAAUCCUCAGGGUGCUCCACUUUAUGCUGCUGCUGCUACAGCUAGAGCUGGGGUGCCCUCUCAAGGCCCUGCUGGACCAGUCCCAGUGUGGGAUCCAAACAUGCACACAAGCAGACCAUAUGUAUCGGCAUCUGAGACUUUUCCUGGUCAAACAUAUCCCACAACAUCAGGUUAUGCUGCCAGUCCAGUUCCUGCAUAUCCCACAACCUCGGUACCUGCGGGUUCCUCACCCCUUUCUCAUCCUGGCGUGACUUCUAGGAGACCUUCCGCAGUCCAGCCCAAUAUGAGACCUGGAGGUGAAGCAACUCCAGGUCAGCCUCCGUAUUAUAACCAAUGAGUAGUAUUGGCCGCCUGGUUUCACUUCAAAACAAGUCAGCGGGCUUUUUCCUCAUUUAUUUCUGGUAGAAAGUUACCUUUUUCAAAUAUCCAAUUUUAAUAUUUUGUAAACUUGUAAUGAUGAUGUGAUAUUAUAUUUUUGUUAUUCUUUCUCAAAUUCUUCCUGGAAGUUUGGUCCAAAUUGCUAUCUGGCAAUAAUGAAGCCAAGAAUAUAAUCUUGAGACUAGACAUAGUCUCAGGUAGAUCCACUUCCAAUUUCGUUCCUGUUUGGAGCUCCCUUUUUUCUGUUUUAGACGUUGUUCAUAGGAAGGAGUCAUUAAGAACGUGUUUGUAGUGGCCCAAAAGACAUGCAGAGUAUUUGAAGUAUUUGUUUAAUGUAAUUAGAUGUCAACUUAAAAAUAAUCAUUAGUUACAUAUUUGGGUAAAAAUUAUUAUAAAAUGUAAGUACUUUGUUAAAUACGAGUAUAUAUACAUAUUUGGUA